UGCUGGGUAUUCCUAAGUGAUAUGGAGGGGUCAAGAGAAUGCUCCCAAAUAAAAUCCGUAUUAUAGGCGAUCAUAUUAUGAUGCCAGUUAAUGUUUUGUGUCUGAGCGUGAGGACCUCGGCGGCUCAGGUAACGACAGGUAUAAAGGCGUGGCAUUAAAACGGUCGCUGGGCAGAGUGAGGAGGGCGACCUGAGACGCUGAUCAGCAUCAGACCGCAGCGGAGAGAAGCCAUGAAGAGCAUCUUCUCAGUGUUCCUGCUUUUCACCUCAGCAGUGAGUGUGUUUGGCCAGCCUAAGGAGCUGAACGGCAUUGUGGGAAGGCGUGUGGCGUUCCCAGCCGUGGUGAAGGAGGUCGGGAGUUUGAUGUACGAGGGAGAGACGGUUGGUGACGUCACUAGCAGCUACUUCAGGACUCUCAGAAAUGUGAAGUUCACCGGCAGACUGCAAUGGGACAGCAACACUGGCCACUUCUCCCUCUCUGAGCUCAAGAUGGAGGAUAAAGGAGAGUAUACAGUACAGAACACUAACAAAAAAAUAAGCACAGACUUCCAGCUGAAUGUGUACAUUCCUGUAUCAAAACCCCAUGUCAAUGCGACUCAUGAUGAAUAUCCCUGCAAGUUAAUGUGCACUGUGGAGAGAGGGACAGACUCGACCCUGACCUGGUACAGAGAGGGAGAGGAGGAGCCCUACAGCAGCUCUGAUUCUCUCGAAGCUCCGUAUCUGAAACUACCUGUACCUGUGGAUAAGGGUGGGGUCUACACCUGUGAGGCAAAGAACUCUGUCAGUACUGAGAAAUCAGACCCACUGACUGUGGGAGACCACUGCACAGCUGCCUCAGGUAGGACCUCCCAUAAUCCAUGUCUGCCCACAGCUUCAUGCUGAAGACUGUGCUACAAUCUGCCCUUUUACACACAGUAUAUUGUAUAAGUAUUUAAAAUCUGUUGUUUUAACAGGAUUUUGUACAUAAUGUGCAUUUUUUCUCUCUGAUUUGCUUGACAUUUUAUUCACCCAUUGGAAAAGUUUAGUAAAACUGUCUGCAUUUUUUCUUUUAAUUUUUUUACCCAAAAGUAAAGUCUAAAUAUAAGACUAAAAUACUUGAGACUUCUCUCCACAGCUUCUCAUACAGUGGCUGCCAGUGUUGUCGCUGGCAUUGCAGUCCUCAUUGCAGUUAUCUUGGCUGUUAUUUUAUCCUGCACAAAUAAGUGAAAGUAGCAGGAACAUUAGCCCCUGAGGCCAGAGGAAAACAGCAGUUGCAGUUCUCAGUCGCUGGGAGAGGACAGCAACCACACACAGCUUCUGCUCUGCUGAGGACGCUCAUCUUCUCAAAGAUUACAUACUUAGUCUGAAUCAAAGUCUGUAAACUGAUUCUAUUUAAAUUCAAUUACUCUGGUGGGUAAGGAUGGCAUUGGGUAGUAUUGGUGCUAUUGCAAUGAUUGGUCACACGUCAGGUUGUGAGGCAGUUAUGUCCUUUUAGUGUUUCUGUUUCUGUGUAUUUGUGUGUGAGUGUGUGUGUGUGUGUGUGUGAGUGUGUGCAUAUACUGUAUAUGUACAGUACUGUGCAAAAGUCUGAGGCACCUGUAUAACAUUCUGUACAGAUAAGAUUCUGUCAAGAAUAAUUCAAUGAAAGAUCCUAAAUAAACAUACUAUACAUUUUACACUACAUUUUAGUAGGAAGAGCUGCUCAGAAUAGUUAAAAUCAAAUCAAUAUUUUUUGUGACCACCCUUCGGUGUUAAAACUGCAUCACUUCUCUGAGAUGGCCAACGCUCUCCUGCAGUUCUAUAAGACAAUCAGGAUGUCACAGUGUUGUACUUUGUGUUGCUAGCCACUAGGUGUCACUAAAUUGAUUUUGUGUCACUGCUUAAUUGUCUUGUUGCACGCACCUGUUGUUAAGUCUUGUGAUUAGUGUUGCCCAUUGUCUCCUGUAUAUAGCCCGGUCCUUUUCACUUGGUCUUUGUUGAGUCUUCACUUUAACCCUCUGUGAGUAACCCUGUCUACAUGUACCGUGAUUGGAUAUUCUGUUUUUGACCCUGGAUUGUUUGUACACUUUGAGACUUGGAUUGCCCUUUGUGUUUUGGCU